AUGUCUACACCACAAUCCACCACCGAUUUGCAGUUGCAGUCCCAGUUAGAGUCGAACUUCAAGUCGGCCUUGCCACCAAGAAAGAGGGCCAAGACCCAGGAGGAAAAGGAGCAGCGCCGGAUCGAACGCAUCUUGCGUAACAGAAGAGCCGCGCAUGCCUCUAGAGAAAAGAAGCGUAAGCACGUGGAGUACUUGGAGUCCUACGUUCAGGAGUUGGAGUUGCAGCUUACCAGAGUCCUGGCCAACCAAACCGUUUUAGAGGAAGACUGUAAGCCUUCCGCUGAAACCUUGGCCAAGUUGGAAGCUCUCAAGGACUUGUCCGACUACAAGGAAAACUGUUGCUUAACGUCCACCGUCACGUCCACCUCCACAUCUGAGCCUUCCUCUAAGAAGAGAAAGGCGUCACAGGACGAUGACGAAGAUGAUGAAGACGACUACGACGACUACGAUGAUGCAAAGGAGGGGGCCACCGAUGACCUUGAAGUCAAGGCGGAAGAAUCCGACGCCGUUCCAGUCGCUCCACAGUUGUCUGUUAAGCAAGCCGCUUCUGAGGUGGCUAACUCCCCUUUGAUGGGCGCUCAGCCAGUUCAGAAUGCCUACUUGAACAUUCAAGGCCAGAACCACUACUACAACUACCUCUCCCCAAUCUCGAUCAACUCCCCGAUCUACGAGUCUCCAAUGGAUCUCACCUUGGACUCUUACUCCCCUAGUCCAUCCACCACCUCGUCUCAGGAAGAUUUGGUCUUGUUCCACAACUUGUCCAACGUCCCAAAGACGAUUCUCCCAUCAAGCAUGGACUUCACUUUGAAACACGAAGAGAGUGAAUUAUCCGAUUUGUUGUUAUUUUCAGACCUUUCGCACACUCCAGCAGUGAGUGUCGCAAUGUGA